AUGAGUAUAAUAUCGGAAGUGCUGAAACUAUCGACACGGGAAAAUGUGAAAUCGGAGAAUUCCGUCGAAAAUUUCCCGGUCAUGCUGAAAAGAGCCGUAUGCAUACACUCGUCACUGCAGUUUGUCGAUCUUUUCAUGCAGAAUAUCAUGUUUUCACACGGAUUCACCGCCACUCCAAUCAUUCCGAACGAAGAAAAUGAGAUAUCGAAGACAUUAUCCUCGUUUUAUAGGAUCCGAAAAGAAUUCCGUGAGAUUUUUCGUUCGCAUCACCGAAACGCCGUCUCGGAAGUGGCGAUUUUUGUGGGAACGUGUCCUGUGAGGUCUUCGUAUUCAUAUCGCGUUCCGAUAUACAUCUGCGAAGGCGAGAACUCGACUCGAUCAAGUUGUGGUGAUACGUGUGCAGAAUUGAAUGAUAACGAGAGACGACGAAUCAAUAGAGAUCUAUUUAUGCACGGUGCAAAAGAUCCGUUCGAUAAGAAAAUGUCGAAUAAGAAUCAUCGAUUAUUCGUUUCGUCAAGGGAACCGAGGAGAUGGUCAACGAGGAAAUCGAGGAGGAGUUAG